AUGAUAAAAAAUUCUAGUUCAAUAUACUAUCCUACUUUUAAAAUUCCAGCUAAUAAUGCUUUACAGCAAUUAGAAAUAGAUUUAGUAAAAUUAUUGAAAAAGAAUAAAGCAGGAUGGUUAGUAAAUACUUUUAAAGACAAAUAUAUAAUUCUGAUUAUAUUUGAUGAUUAUUUUGAAAGAGCAAAUCCUGAAAAGUAUAAACAAGCAAGAAGUCUUUUAAUGUAG